CCCAUUUGUCCCCUUCAGAGCGUCAUGCUGCUGAUGGCCGUUAGGAGUCUCUUUGGAGUCAGAAGCAGGUCAAGAAGAAACGAAACUAGAAUUGAAAGGAAGGCGAGAAGAGAAGGAGACACCGUGAUGGCAGCUGAGGGCCUGGUCGAGGAGUUCUGUGAUGAAAUCACAUGUCCCAUCUGCCUGUCCUCUUUCCAAGAUCCAGUCAUUCUUGUGGAGUGCGGGCACAAUUUCUGCCGAGCCUGCCUCACCGGAUGCUGGGACGAGGCGGAGGGCUGCUGCCCUUACUGCAGGCGACGCGUUUCUACCGAGAGCUUCAGGGCCAACCGACAGCUGGGGAAUCUGGUAGGGCUGGUCAAGAGACUCCAGGAGAGGAGGGAAGCCGACAUGGAGAGAGGAGUCUGCCUCAGGCACCAGGAGCCCCUCAAACUCUUCUGCAAGGACGAUGGAGCCCCCAUCUGCGUGGUGUGCGACCGGUCCAAGGAGCACCGAACACACGAGGUGGUCCCUGCCGAGGAGGCGGCAGAAACCUACAAGCAAGUAGUGAAGAUCCACCAAAAAUCUCUGGAAAAAGAGAGAAAGAAACUUGUGGAUGAAAAGCUGGCUGAAGAGCAGAAGUGCCAGAUGUAUCUGGGAGGCAAGGGUGCGGAAACUGAAGAGAGGACGGCCCACUCAUCAUGGGGGGCGUGUGAGAGAGAGUAUGUUAGUGAGCUGUCUUCCAUCCGAAAUGUGCAGGAGGAAGUGUACAGAUGCGUAGAAGGGAUACUUAUAGAUAUAGGAGAAGAAGUGAUGACAGAAAGAAGGGCUAUGGAGGUGUGCUUGUCAGGAGAUCAAGGGGAGGAGAAAGGGGAGGAGCGUGAUUUGAUAGUAUGGGAGGAGGUAAUAAAAGAGGGAGACGGUAUGCGGGAAUUCAGUAUUCAAACGGAACAACAGAAGGGAGAGACGAGAGAUUGUGCUAUACAGACAGAGAGAGAGGAAGAAGCCUGGGCUAAGGUCGGUAAUCUCUUGAAAUACUUCCCCAAUUUAAAUACUGGAGGGGGAUUGCUACCCGAUCCGGAGCCACAUAAGGCAGAGAAGACCGUAGUGGUCUACCCCUGCAACCAAGGUGGGGGGAGGAGAGCGAUUCGUCCCAGUCCCUCUUACAACGUUCCACCUCUAGAAGGGGACUGGGCGAGACACCCUUGUUGUGGGACAGUUUGCACGGUCAGGAGUAUCCCACUGAGAAGAAUGACGGACCGAGAGCGAUUUGGUCCAGCCCCAAUUGGGUCUACUCUAGUUGUGAUUUGCUACUGGACUUCAGCCAAUAUCUCACCUUUGCAUUCCCAUCCCCACUUCUGUUGCGUUUUCCCAUUCCAGACACGAAUUAAAUCAUUGGCAGGUAUGGUCAAGAUUACCUUUGAACAACAGCGCACGUUCCUGGAGGAGAAAGAGCACCUCCUCCUGACUCAGCUGAGAGAUCUCCUGAUUGAGUUCAAGAAGAGGCAAGAAGAAAAUAUUCUCAGACUCUCAGAGGAUAUUUCCCAUCUGGGUGGCCAAAUCACUGAGAUGGAAGAGAAAUGCCAGCAGCCACCAAGUAAAUUUCUGCAGGACAUUAGAAGCACUUUGUCCAGAUAUGAAGGGAAAAGGCAAGUGAGACAGCUGGUGGAGGAUUCUCCAGAACUGGAAGAGAAGAUCAGAGACUGCGUUCAGACAAAUGUUGUUGUAAUGAAGGCCAUGAAAAAAUGCAAAGAGUCUCUGAAUGAAGCACUGAACAAAGUGAAAGUGACUCUGGAUCCCAAAACAGCAAAUCCCCGGCUUAUUUUGUCUGAGAAUCAGAAGAAGGCGAGAUGGGAAAUCAUACGUCAAAACCUGCCCGACAACCCUGAGAGGUUUGAUGUCAUGCCGUGCGUGUUGGGCUGCGAGGGAUUUUGCUCAGGAAGACGAUGGUGGGAGGUUCGGGUGGACCCAGAAGUGGAGGUAGAGGAGAGAGGAUGGAUCAUGUGGGCCGUGGGCAUCACAAGGGAGUCCGGCCUGAGGAAGGGAAGAAUCAGCCCCAGUCCUAAUGAAGGCAUCUGGGCUAUAGGGAAGACAAGUUAUCCCUUCACAUCUUGUCAACUCUCGGCUUUUGCUUCUCCCGAACCCACUCCCUUGACCUUGAGACAGGAGCUCAGGAAGAUCCGAGUAAGCCUGGACUAUGAAGAUGGCCGUGUGGAAUUUUUCGAUGCUGAUACAGAUCACUUGAUUUUUACUUUCCCUUCAGCCUCAUUUGAUGGGGAGAAGGUUUAUCCCUAUUUUUGGGUGGGGUGGGGCGUUCAGUUAACCUGCUGAGACUUGAUGAAAACCUCCAGUGCUUCCACUGUCUUAGGAAAGGAGUGAGCAAAGUGGGGCCCAUGAGCUGCAUGCACAGCCCCCACCCCACCCCAAGGCUGUCUUUUAAGUCCCUGGAUGCUCCCCCACCAAAAACUCUGAAAGAAUUCAUCCCGGAGUGGUGGUUUUGCACUACAACAGGGUCCUCCCAACUACUAACACUUCAAAACUUGCACAGAGAGAGAGAGAUCUACAAAAAUGAAAGAAGUGGCCUUCCAGCAACAUUCAGUUUGGGUUUUUCAGGAUUUCUGCACCUUUUCAGACCUGGUGUGACCCCUGGUGGCACCAAAAUUGGCCACUGGGUUUCUCAAGGUGCCUUCCCUGCCCUAAAACUAGGGGAGGAUCGGUGCCCUUUAUUUGCACAUGAAGGUGAUGGUGUAGAUCAGGUCCCUAUGUUUCCGUAGGCUGCUCGCUGUCUUGAACAGAAUGCAACAGCUCUUCGUAGGCCAGGAAGUCUCGAUAAGAAAAAGUAUUGGCAUGAGCAGGGUGUGUGUGUGUGUGUCAGUUUGAGACUGGGAUUACAAAGGGGGCAAGUGAAGAGAAGUUGAGCCCCCCCCCACCUCCGAAGAUAGCAUUCAGGGGGAGAAGGUUGGAGAAGGAACUGAAUUUGUAACUCCUGCCUCACUCCCAAUAAAGUUGGAGUUUUCUUAGCCUUCCAGCCUGGAACCCAUGGAUAUCCACACUGGGGAGAAGGUGCCCAUCACCCUACGCUCAGAGCAGUUGGCAGUGCUCAUAGCUGGACAAGCAACAAGAUCAAGGAAAGCCACUUCGCUCUUAUGGAUGCACUGAGAGUAUUUCUUGUUUGACUUCUAAGAAAGAAACGUGUAGAACAAACACAUGCCAGGAGGAAAGUCCAAUUUCUUCUAUUGAUAUAUGGCCUCCUUUAAAUGUUGCCCACUUGCAGUGGACAAGACUAAUUUCCAGAGCCUCACUGAAAAUAUUACAUGGAAGCUUUCUGGUGGAUUUCUGCAACCUUCCUCAACCUUGCACCCUUUAGAUCUGUUACAAUUCAGCUGCCGUCAUUUCUGCCGAGUAAUAAAUAGCUUCUUUUUAGCACAAAAGGAUAUGCUCCUGUAUCCAGAAUCCUUAUGGACCAAUGGGACAGAAUCCAACAGAAGAUACUCCACCAACAGAAUUUCCCACAAGGAAAGGGUUUACCAGCCUUUUGCAGCCUCAGAUUUGCUGCAGAGAGCUGGGAAACCCUCAAGGAGUUCCAAGGCCUGUAGGGUACUCCUGGAGGAUAAAUACAGUGGUGCCUCACUUAGCGAUUGCUUCGUUUAACGAUGAAAUCGCUUAGCGAUGACUUUUGGAGCGAUCUUGUGCUGUGUUUAAUGAUGGUUCCUGUGGGCGAUUUUCGCAUGGCAAUGUUUGGGACCAUGCUUCACAUAGCGAUGACAGUUUGGGUCCCCCUGUUUCGC